AUUGCUGUGAAACGCAUUUGAGAUAAGCGCCAUGAUUAACUAAAUUCAUUCACCAUUCAUUACAGUUCAGUUCAAACGCAGCCCUUGUCAAGUUCAGUAGUCUUUGCUGCACACUUGACGUUUUAAUUUUCUUUCCAAUUCAACUUUUCUACACAGCAAUGGCUACCAAGAAGUAUGUAAUGCCUUCUCCUUAUACUAGGCCAAGGUGUCAGCCUCCGAAAGAAGAUGUUGUCUAUAUUAGACAUUUGGAAGAUUUGGCUUGCAACCAAAAACAUUCUCACGUUGAGCUGGGGGUUGCAAUCUUUGGGAUAGGCAGAGCAGGUACUAUCCAUCUAACCAAUCUCGUUGGAAACAGGAGGGCUAACAUUCUCUAUAUUGUGGAUGAUGAUACAGAAAAACUACAAAGGCUAAAGGUUUACUGGAACUUGAAAAACACAGUCUGCAUCACCUCAAAGCAGCAAGACCAGGCAUUCAAAGACCUCAAAGUGAACUUCAUCGUUUGUGCAUCACCAACAUUCACCCACGAAAACAUAGUGAAGCAAGCGAUUGCUCACAAAAAGGCAGUUUUUUGUGAAAAACCCAUAGCUGAGACCAUUGAAAAAGCUGCAAACCUCUAUGAGCUAGCCCGAAAAGCUAAAGUACCUCUACUCAGCGCUUUCAACAGGAGAUUUGAUGCUUCGUACAAGUCCGUCAGGGAUCGAGUGAGGGAAGGAGAAGUAGGGAAAGUUUUGACUGUUAAAGUAUGCUCAAGAGAUUCUCCUCUACCUUCUCUAGAAUAUUUGUCUAUUUCUGGUGGGAUCUUCCACGACUGUGCCGUCCACGACAUCGACCAAAUCGUAUCCGUCCUCGGGGAAUACCCUAUCAAAGUGUGUGCCUUAGCGUGCUCCAACAUCCCUGAAAUCCGGGACAUCAACGACGUCGACACCGUGGCCAUCACCAUGCAGUUUGGAAGUGGAGCUUUAGCGGCCAUCGAUCUCAGUAGACAGUGCGUCUAUGGAUAUGACCAAAGACUGGAGGUAUUCGGAGAGAAAGGCAUGCUGAAAGCAGAAAACCGAUGCCCGAUGCAAAACGUGCAACAGUUUUUGCCGGACGCAAUAAAAGCAUCCCCGAUCUACUAUUCCUUUGCGUCUCGUUACCAGGAAGCAUACAAACAGGAAAUUGAACAUUUCAUGGACGUUCUGCAAGGUAACUACUUUCAGGAUGAUAAUUAUUGCUAACGGAAAAGCGGAUAUCCUUCAAUAUUCCUAGUCAGACGCAACGUGACUAACGUUAAAGGAUCUAAACUUGCUUCAUAUUAAAUAGUAGGUGAUGAAAUUUUUCUGGACUAGCAUACAGAAGACGUCGGUAUCGGAAUAAAUAUUGCUUUGCCAGACUAUGAACCAUUUCAAUUUUUUAGCAACUUCUGUCAAACUUUCCAACAUUUAGUAUACAACUUCUUCCCGUUCAAGUGAUUG